CGAUCAUCUUUCGCCACUGCCGCAACGGCCAUCCUCCUCCAGGUCACAGCGGCACAGAACUCAUCCGUACCAGUGCCACCGGGGAGCGUCAUGACACACGUCAUUCAAGUUGGAGAUCAAGACGGUGCACUCAAGUUCUACCCAGACACUCUGGAAGGCGUUAACGCCGGAGAUUUGGUCCAAUUCCACUUCUGGCCCCAGGCGCAUUCCGUAGCACAGAGUAGCUUCGACGCACCAUGCCAGCCCCUUGAGUCUGCGGACACCACUGGGUUCUGGAGCGGAAUGAUGCCGGUCACCGCUGAGAGCACCACUAUGCCGGUAUUCACUAUUCCCAUAAACAGCACCGACCCCAUCUGGUUCUACUGCGCCACUGGCAAGCACUGUCAAAACGGCAUGGUGGGAGUUAUCAACCCUCCCGCGGAUAAACAACUCUCCUCCUACGUCUCCGCAGCCGCAGUCGUGCCAAAGACCGGUAUCCCCAGCGGCAUUGGCGGAGGAAGCAACAGCACC